GUCCUCUCUUUCAUGACUCCCAUGGCCGCUGGCCGGCCUCCUCAUUUCUCCGUGCGUUAACUGAAACUUUUGACGUGAUUUGUGCAGGACUUCUACAAUCUACUACAAAUAAAUGUUUGGUGCUCUUUCUGCAAGGCUGGCAUGGGAUCAGAUUCUAUGGAAGACAGCUUUCACGAGGUCGAGACCACUCACUCGGAGUACUUCGCAGAUGUUAGUUACUUCCACAACAGCAACUUUUCCGAUCGAGUUCUGAUGAUUGAGAUAAUUCCCGAUCGGCCCGAUGAGAUUGAUUCAACACUGGGUAUGGACUUAACGCGUCUCGGCUACAAAAUCGUAACGAUAAGUUCGCAGGUUUUAGCUUCAAAUCUGGACUUUUUUGGUAAGUGGUUUUCAAAUGACAUGAUGACAGUACUCAUGUCCAAUUGCCAUCGAAGUGUAAAUCUACGGAUGCAUGCAUCAGAAGCAGCAGCACUCAUGAACAAUCUGCAUGAUCUGAAUUGUAACACUCUGGAGCCAAACAGGAGACCUCUUUUAGUUAGAUGGAUUGCUCCCCUGUUUGGUAAAGCUAAGUUAAAUGUGGACGGUGCAUCAAAAGGUAAUCCUCCACGUGUAGCUGGUUGUGGAUGGGUUCUUAGAUGCCAUUGCGCCUUCAUUUUUGCUUUUUCACGUUGCUUGGACUCUGGAACGUCUAGUGUCAAUGCGGAACUAUUGGCCUUAAAGCAUGGGUUAAUGCUCUGUAAAGACAUGAAUAUACACAAAGUGGUGGUAGAGACGGAUUCACUGUUAGUAGUGAACUGGCUUAAUAACGAGACACAGCCUCCUCUGCAAUAUCGCGAGCUGUUGGAAGGUAUCUUGAAACUUCGUAAUGACAUGAUGUUUUGUAAGGUCAGCCAUGUAUAUCGAGAGGCCAACUCGUUGGCUGAUGGACUUGCAAACUAUGGUGCACGAGGGAAUAAUGCAUCAUUCUCUUGCCCUUCUCAACUUCCUAAGCAUUUACUGGCUAUUUAUGCGCUUGAUAGUGCUGGAGUUCCAACCUUUCGAUCGAUACCAGCUUCAGUCUAAUUCCAAUCUUCAUGUUUUCUGUUUUCCAGCUAGUUUGUAUACUUUGAUCAUGUAUUUACUAAUACGUACGCUGGAUAACUGAAUGUAAGAGAGCUUUUUCUUAUCCAAAAAUGAGCUAGCUGGGUAUAUAAUUCAAGUUUGUGCACA